CUCGUACAUGUAUGAAUAUUUUUGUUAGUCCAAGAGCGCCAACCUCGUACAUGAACGAGGUAAUGUUCGUGCUUAAAAUCGCCAAACCUCGUACAUGUACGAGGUAGAGUAACAUGUUAUCAAGAGGGGGCGCUCUCGCUCUUUCUAAUGGUACAAUUUUCAUGCAUGUACGGCCUGUUUUUAUUUUUAUAUUCGAGUUCUUGUGAGAGGGCGUCACACUGAGUUUCGAUUUGUUGACAAAAUGGCGGCGCCCAUCAACCGAGCUCGCGUGUUAUCUCCAGAGAAAAUCCGUGUAUUUUUUCGCCGAUUUGGACAGGGAGAAGGAUGUCAAAAUGCCUAAAGGUGUAGAAAAGGAAUUCUACUUUCAGUUCAAGACCAAGGAGUUAUUUUCCAAGCUUCGCGUGCCCAUCCCGAUACCACUGAAUAUUAGCAGUCGAGAGUUUGUGGGUCGAAUGGUGAACACACACAACCUGCCAUGCUUUGUUGAGGAAGACAUUACGUUUAAUCUUGACAAAUUUGUUAGUAAGGAGACAGCCACUUUUCAUGAUCAGAAUGCCCAGGAGGCGAUCGAAACGUUGCAGAAAGCUGGCGAUGAUGACAUCGGGAAUAUCGCUGAUAAAUGGGCCAAGGCUUACACACAGGAAUGUGUGGCCUACGCACCAGACAGCAAACCCAAACCUGAAGUAGGAUUUGCGGAGCUGUAUCACAAACUGAUCCAUUCCCCAGCACUGGAGAUUCUCUUUCGUUUGGAACAUACUUACGCUGUGGCUGUAGAGGAUGUUUUGAUUCAGCGAGAUCAGGCUUUGACCAAGCUGCAAGAAAGGCAAGCAGCACAGAUCCAGCAAGCAGUACAGAAUCUGGAUUACACUCACAGCGACCAGCAAGUCAAUAGACUGGCAGCGCAACACUUCGAAAACAUACAGUUUGAGGAAGCCAAGUGGGACAGUGAAUUGAAGAAUCUUCAAGACACUCAGAGAUUGGAAUUCCGCAAUUGGAUUGAGCAGUUACGAGAUGAUAUGGAGAAUGGCACUGAAGGACCUGUCAGUCGUAGGAUACGAGCCAUGUCUGACUUGGUACCGGCACCAAGGAGAGAAGUCGUGGUGGAAGAACCGAAGCUGGAGGAAAGCUUCACUAUCCAUCUCGGUGCUCAGAUGAAGACCAUGCAUAACAUACGCCUCAUGUCUGUAGAUGUCUUGGAUCUCUGCAAGCACAAACCAAACAGAGAAGGGGGGUCCCUACAACCUCAACCCCAGAGGUUACAGACAGCGAUGUCAUUGUUCUCCUGUUCACUGUCCGGCCUCAUUCUCAUGGUGGAUGACAGGAUCAACUCCUACACCGGCAUCAAGCGAGAUUUUGCGGCUGUAUGUCAGCAGUCGACAGAUUUCCACUUCCCUGACCUUGACACACAGCUGCGUGUCAUCCAGCAACAUGCUGUACAGGCAAACACCGUACGCAGGGCAAGAAAGGCCGAGAAAAUCAGCCAAGACGGAUCCAGUAACAGUAGCGGGGAUCGUCGAUCGGUCGCAUCAAGUGAAUCACGACAAUCAUCAGAAGAAGGAGAAAUCACAUCCAAUCUUAAGACAGGAGAUUUCUACAUCAGCAAGCACUCCAACCUUGCUGAGGUUCACAUCGUGUUUCAUCUGGUUGUCGAUGAUAUCCUACGCAGCGGUGAUAUCAACUCACGUCAUCCGUGUAUCCUUGCACUCAGGAAUAUCCUGAAAUGCUGUGUGCAGUUUGACAUCCAUGCCGUCACGUUGCCGCUGUUCCUGCUGUAUGAGAUGUACGAGGAGAUGACCAUUGCCUGGUGUGUCAAGAGGGCGGAGCUUGUCUUGAAAUGCAUCAAGGGUUUCAUGAUGGAGAUGGCUCAGUGGGGAGGCAGUGAGAGUCGAACCAUCCAGUUUGUCGUCCCAAAGGGUAUUUCUGACGAUCUGUUUGCUCAACUCAGCUCAAUGCUUCCGCAAAUCUUUAGGCUAUCAAGAACGUUAGACCUCUCCCAACACAAGUAGAAAGAUUGACAAGCAGUCAUGUCAUCACAGCAGCGCCAGUCACAGUCAGUCUGAUGAUGAGACUAUCUCUCAAUAUCAUGCACAGAAUUUGAUACUCAUUGUAAUGUAGAUAUUGCUUUCGUUUGUAAACAAUGAGUGCCAUUUUGUAUGGGCUGUCGCUAGGGCAUAAGUUUAAGCCUUGGUUUAAAAUUUUCCCCUAACUAGCGCUUAUUAACACCCCCAUUAUGUAAGAAAAGGAGUCUUUUGUAGCAUUUGUUGGUUAUUUUGUAUUUUCAACAAUUCAAUAAUAAGGUGCCAACUACAGUUUGGCAAAGAAUAUCUUGUUUUUCAAUUUGUUUUAUUAAGUGCCAAUAAAAUUCUUGAAAUGUUAAAAUUGCUCAAAAUCCGUCAAAAUAGCUAUGUCAAAGGUACUGUUGGAUUUUGGUGAAAAUGGGCCUUUCGUGUUAACUUGACUGCAGAUUUUGGAGCAAGAAAGUUGUGU